AUCACUGGUUCCCGCCCGGUGAUUACCGAGGAUUUCCAAUGGGGAGGAGAGCUGCUUUGUUUACUAACAGCCCUCCUACCUGUCAGCUCGGGCACACUGCUCUGGAUGGCUAGCAGUGUGCUUACAGUGAAGCACCAACACCCCACCCCCCAGUAAAACACUUCCAGCACACAGUUAACCCUUUGAUUGCCCCUCAUGUUAACCCCUUCCUGCCCAGUGUCAUUAAUAGUGUCAGUGAUUUUAUUUAGCCCUGAUCACUGUAUUGGUGUCACUGGGGAUGUCAGUGACACCAAGUCAAUUCCCCCCAGUGUUAGAAUGGCCACUACAGUCCCGCUAUAAGUCGCUG